GAGAGCUGCUCGGCCCGUGGACGGAACUCGGGACUCUGCUGCAGGAGCACAGCUGUAUGCUUGCUUGGUGGUGACCACAACAACGACGGCAACUAUCCAACUGGGACGUUCUAGCCAUGGACGUGGAAAGGCGGCGUCGAGCGAACACGCUCGAGCGCGAGAUGCGCGAUCCGACCAGCAUUUGCAAUGUGGACUGCCUGCUGGAUACGGUAUCGGCCCUGGUUAGCGACUGCGACCACGACUCCCUCAAGAGGCUGAAAAACAUCGAACAGUAUGCAGGCAAAUAUAAACCCCUGGCGCAACGUAUCAAUCAGCUGCGCAUGAAUGUCGAGGACUUUGACUUCAUUAAGCUAAUCGGCGCCGGCGCUUUUGGUGAGGUGCAACUGGUGCGGCACAAGUCCUCCAGCCAGGUGUACGCCAUGAAGCGUCUGUCCAAAUUUGAGAUGAUGAAGCGACCGGACUCGGCCUUCUUCUGGGAGGAGCGUCACAUAAUGGCCCAUGCCAAUUCCGAGUGGAUUGUCCAACUGCAUUUUGCCUUUCAGGAUUCCAAAUAUCUGUACAUGGUGAUGGACUUUAUGCCCGGCGGUGAUAUUGUCUCGCUGAUGGGGGACUACGAUAUACCCGAAAAAUGGGCCAUCUUCUACACAAUGGAGGUGGUGCUGGCCCUGGACACCAUUCACAAUAUGGGAUUUGUGCACCGGGACGUGAAGCCGGACAACAUGCUCCUGGACAAUUAUGGGCACCUGAAGCUGGCCGAUUUUGGCACCUGCAUGCGCAUGGGCGCCAACGGCCAGGUGGUGUCCAGCAAUGCGGUCGGCACGCCGGACUACAUCAGUCCGGAGGUGCUGCAGUCACAGGGCGUGGACAAUGAGUAUGGACGCGAGUGCGACUGGUGGUCGGUGGGCAUCUUCCUCUACGAAAUGCUGUUUGGGGAGACGCCCUUCUACGCGGACUCACUGGUGGGCACCUACGGCAAGAUCAUGGACCACAAGAACUCCCUCAGCUUCCCCCAGGAGGUGGAGAUCAGCGAACAGGCCAAGGCCCUGAUUCGGGCAUUCCUCACCGAUCGGACGCAGCGUCUGGGCCGCUACGGCAUCGAUGAUAUCAAGGCGCAUCCGUUCUUCAGGAACGACACCUGGUCCUUUGACAAUAUCAGGGAGAGUGUGCCACCGGUUGUGCCGGAGCUGACCUCCGACGAUGAUACGCGCAAUUUCGAGGACAUCGAGAGGGACGAAAAGCCGGAGGAGGUGUUCCCCGUCCCCAAGGGUUUCGAUGGCAAUCACCUGCCCUUCAUCGGCUUCACCUACACGGGCGACUACCAGCUGCUGUCCAGCGACACUGUCGACGCCGAGGCCAAGGAGCCCAAUUCGGUGAACAGCAAUGCGAGCAACAACCAUGCCCAUGGGCAGCAUGGGCACAAUCACCGCCACCGUACCUCCAAUUCCAACGAGCUGAAGCGGCUCGAGGCCCUGCUCGAGCGGGAGCGCGGCCGGGCAGAUGCUUUGGAGAAGCAGGACACCAGCCUGCGGCACCAGAUCGAGCUGAGCGGCAAGCGUGAGGUCGAACUGCAGCGCAUUGCGGCCGAGUACGAGAAGGAUCUGGCGCAGCGCAAAAACAACUACAAGGUGGCCAUGCAGAAGGUGGAGCAGGAGAUCGAACUGCGCAAGAAGACGGAGGCCCUGCUUGUGGAGACGCAGCGCAAUCUGGAGAACGAGCAGAAGACGCGCACACGCGAUCUCAACAUCAGCGAGAAGGUCGUCUCCCUGGAGAAGCAGCUGCAGGAGAUGGAGCACAGCUUCAAGAGCGAGACGGAGAACACGCAGAAGCUGAAGAAGCAGAACACAGAGCUCGGCUUCACGCUGAAGACGCAGGAGGAGAAGGUGCGCGACAUGGGCGAGAUGAUCGACACACUGCAGAAGCACAAGGAGGAGCUGGGCCAGGAGAAUGCCGAUCUGCAGGCGCAAGUGGUGCAGGAGAAGAACCUGCGCUGCCAGCUCAAGGAGCUGCAGAAGGAGACGGAGAACAAGAUGCAGACCCUCACCAAUGACAUCGAGCGAACCUCGGUCCGAGAGCAGAAGGCCAAAGAGGACAAUCGCGCCCUGCUGGAGCGGAUCAGUGAGCUGGAGAAGAGCCAUGCCAGCAUCGAUUUUGAGCUGAAGGCGGCCCAGGGUCGCUACCAGCAGGAGGUCAAGGCCCAUCAGGAGACUGAAAAGUCGCGACUGGUCUCACGCGAGGAGGCCAAUCUGCAGGAGGUCAAGGCACUGCAGUCCAAGCUGAACGAGGAGAAGUCUGCCCGCAUCAAGGCGGACCAGAACUGGCAGGAGAAGGAGCGCCAGCUGAACAUGCUGUCCGUGGACUACCGCCAGAUUCAGCUGCGGCUGCAGAAGCUCGAGGGCGAGUGCCGCCAGGAGUCGGAGAAGGUGGCCGCCCUCCAGUCGCAACUAGACCAGGAGCACAGCAAGCGCAACGCCCUGCUCUCGGAGCUGAGUCUGCUCAGCUCGGAGGUGGCGCAUCUGCGCUCUCGCGAGAAUCAGCUGCAGAAGGAGCUGUCCGCGCAGCGCGAGGCCAAGCGGCGCUUCGAGGAGGAUCUGUCGCAGCUGAAGGGCACCCAUCACGAGGCCCUGGCCAACAAUCGGGAGCUGCAGGAGCAGCUCGAUGCAGAGCUGUGCUUCUCCCGGCUCUACAAGACGCAGGCCAACGAGAAUCGUGAGGAGAGUGCCGAGCGUCUGGCCAAGAUCGAGGAUCUGGAGGAGGAGCGCGUCUCGCUCAAGCACCAAGUGCAAGUGGCCGUCGCUCGGGCCGACUCUGAGGCCCUGGCCCGCUCGAUAGCCGAGGAAACGGUGGCCGAUCUCGAGAAGGAGAAGACCAUCAAGGAGCUGGAACUGAAGGACUUCAUCAUGAAGCACCGCAACGAGAUCAAUGCCAAGGAAGCGACGCUCGCCACCCUCAAGGAGGCGGAGACAGAGCUGCACAAGAAGCUCGGCCAGAAGGCCAACGAGUACGAGGACCUCGUCCAGCAGCACAAGAAGCAGCAGGACGAGCUGGGCCAGCUGCGUGCCACCAAGGACGAGGAGAUCACCAAGCUGCUGGAGAAGUGCAAGACCGAGGUGCUGCUCAAGCAGGUGGCCGUCAACAAGCUGGCGGAGGUGAUGCAUCGCCGCGACUCGGACUUGCAGAAGCAAAAGAGCAAGGCCCGGUCCACGGCGGAGCUGCGCAAAAAAGAGAAGGAGAUGCGCCGCCUGCAGCAGGAGCUGUCCCAGGAGCGUGACAAAUUCAAUCAGCUGUUGCUGAAGCACCAGGACCUGCAGCAGCUGUGCGCCGAGGAGCAGCAGCACAAGCAGAAGAUGGUCAUGGAGAUUGACUGCAAGGCCACCGAGAUUGAGCAUCUACAGAGCAAGCUGAACGAGACGGCCUCCCUCUCGUCCGCUGACAACGAUCCCGAGGACAGUCAGCACUCCUCUCUGCUCUCCCUCACACAGGACUCAGUCUUCGAGGGCUGGCUGAGUGUACCAAACAAGCAGAACCGUCGCCGCGGCCACGGCUGGAAGCGCCAGUAUGUGAUUGUCUCGUCGCGCAAGAUCAUUUUCUACAAUUCGGACAUUGACAAGCACAACACCACUGACGCUGUGCUCAUACUGGAUCUGAGCAAGGUAUACCAUGUGCGCAGCGUCACCCAGGGCGAUGUCAUUCGCGCCGAUGCCAAAGAGAUUCCGCGCAUCUUUCAGCUGCUGUAUGCCGGCGAGGGCGCCUCCCAUCGUCCGGACGAGCAGAGCCAGCUGGAUGUGAGCGUGCUGCACGGCAACAGCAACGAGGAGCGUCCCGGCACCAUCAUCCACAAGGGUCAUGAAUUUGUGCACAUCACCUACCACAUGCCCACGGCGUGCGAGGUGUGCCCGAAGCCAUUGUGGCACAUGUUCAAGCCGCCGGCGGCUUACGAAUGCAAGAGAUGCCGCAACAAAAUACACAAGGAGCAUGUGGACAAGCAUGAUCCGUUGGCGCCCUGCAAGCUCAACCAUGAUCCGCGCUGUGCCCGCGACAUGCUGCUGCUGGCCUCCACGUCCGAGGAGCAAUCGCUGUGGGUGGCCCGUCUGCUGAAGCGUAUCCAAAAGAGUGGAUACAAAGCGAAUUCGUCGAACAACAAUAGCACCGAUGGCAGCAAGAUAUCGCCCAGCCAAUCGACCCGCUCCUCCUACAAGCCGUAUGCUGUGAAUGUGCAACGCUCCGCCACGCUGCCAGCCAACUCAUCGCUGAAAUGAAUCCAGCAAAAGACCAGGGACACAGCCAACCAGCGAGAGAGAGAGUGCCCUGCAGCGCAAUAACACAGAAAACGCCAGCAAACAGCAAUCAGCAAACAGCAAAAGCAGAAAGCGCCGCCACACUGAACACUCAAAACUAGAAGAGCAAAACAAUUCUUGUAAUUAACGCUUAACCAACUAUCCAAAACACUUUUGCUAAAAAGAAUACAAAACACACAUUGUUGAAAACAGUACUAUGCAGAUCUAAAACAUAAAUUUAUAAUCGAAACUAAAUUUAACUUGAAACUAAACUGAAACUUUGUGUAAGCUACUCGCCUAACGCUUCUUUAACCCAUAAACACAAGCAAUACAAAACUAAAAGAGAACAGAAAAGCGUAACAGAGUAAGAUUGAAGACCCACCCACUCCUCCUCAGUGGUAGGAAGAGAUGGCAGCAACGUCAGAGCGUGCAACGGAUCAACAAUGA